AUGCUGCAUGACCCAAUUAGGAUUCCAGCUUGUUUCUCAUCGGGUUCCGAUGAACCUCACUCCACAACUGUUACAAAGUCCGGCCAGACCCUUUUCAUGUCCGUUUACAAGACAAAACUCGCCGGAGACUGCCGUUGCAUCACCAUAACCUGGUUCAAACACUUGCUGCUUCAUGGUUUAUCGGUGUCCAUUGAUGGACCGGAGUCACACUCACCGGAGACUGAUCAGUACACCUGCAAGGUGGAGCUAAAACCAUGGUGCUUCUGGAGAAAACAAGGGUCCAAGAGAUUUAGCAUCGAGGGUAAGGCUCUUGAUGUUUUCUGGGAUCUCAAGGCUGCGAAAUUUCAUGGUGAAACUGAACCGAUCUCCGAGUAUUACGUUGCGGUGGUCUGUGAUCAAGAAGUGGUGUUGUUGCUUGGUGAUUUGAAGAAAGACGCUUAUAGAAAAACAGGUUGUAGACCAGCUUUGAUUGAUCCCAUUUUAGUAUCAAGAAAAGAACAUGUUUUUGGGAAGAAAAAGUUCUCAACGAGAUUGAAGUUUCAAGAAAAAGGACGAUUUCAUGAGCUCUCGAUUGAAUGCAAGAACGGAAGCGGCGGAGAUGGGGUUGAUCCGGCGAUGGAGAUAAGAAUCGAUGGACAGUUGAUGAUCCACGUGAAGCACCUUCAAUGGAAGUUCAGAGUCCUGGUUUAA